GUUUCAGUUUCGUUUCUGGGCAAAGGAAAGUUGAUUCUGCGGCUGGUGUUUGCCAAGAGGAUUUGUGUAUUUAUGGCUAAGGGAGUUUCUAAGUGGAUCCUGGAGGCCUUGUGCCAAAACCAGGGCAGUUUGGAGUACAGGAGCCUGAACGCGCAGCUCUCCAAACAUUUUACUGUGGCAGAGGAAACAAUGCGGACCAUUUUCUUUGACAACAACAGUUUCGCCAUCGAAGAGGGCAAAGAGAAGGCCAGUGGAGCAGAAAUCAUCAGUCCUGACAGUAUCAUCGUGGCAAAAACCAGCGCGCGUCUGUGUCAGAACAAAACGUGCCAAGGGUGCGACAACUUCCACCUGUGCAGAUACUACGUCUGUGGAGGAUGCACUUUUAAGGAUAAAUGUAAAAAUUCCCAUGAUCUGAGGUCACCACAAAAUGCAAAGAUUUUGGAGAAGUGCGAUCUCCAAGGUCUCACAGAAAAGCAGAUAUUCCAACUUUUACUCCAGAACGACCCCUUCCUGCUUCCAGAGAUCUGCGCUCACUACAACAAAGGAGACGGAGAGAGCGGCUCGUGCAAGUUCAACACGACGUGCACGAAGCUCCACAUGUGUCUGCACUUCUUAAAAGGCGACUGUACGUUUGGCCUGGUGUGUAAACGAUACCACGCCAUCGGCGCUCAGGGCAUGAAGCUGUUUAAACAGUACAGCAACGAGAAUAUCACCGGCCUCUACAAGAUCUACAGAAACAAACUCAUCAUCCAGGACCAGAAGCCACGGCCGGCUCCAGUGUCGCCAGGAGUGAGCCUCCCACUUCUCCCCAAAACAAAUCCUUCUUCUUCCAAACAAACCAACAAACCACAGGCUCCAACCAGCCCAGCGCCCCCUAAAGGCGUGAGUGAGUCGGACCGCGAAGAAAUCUGCCUGUUUUUCGUCCGUAGAAACUGCCAAUACAAUGAGCGGUGUGUGCGUGUUCACUGGCACCUCCCGUACAAAUGGCAGAUGUGGGAGGGAGAAAGUAUGACCUGGAAAAACAUGGACGAUAUGGAGAACAUUGAAAAGGCCUAUUGUGAUCCAGCCAACGCCAUGAGCCGCACGGACGAACAGAUUUUUAGAGUCUUAACUCUUCAAAGUUCUUCUGCUCAAGUCGUCCCGUUGGUCGACUUCAUUAAAAUGAUCUACAGGGGUUCUCCAGUUCGCCGCCUGUCCACCGCCUCCUCUGUGUCCCACCCUCCUCACUACAUCCUAACGACGGAGUGGCUGUGGUACUGGAGGGAUGACGGAGGUGCGUGGGUGGAGUACGGACAGGACGGCACUGGAGACGCACAGGCCUCGCUCAGCUCUCAGACUCUGGAGAAUAUCUAUCUCGCAGACAAAAAUGGUGACAUUGAAUUUAUCGCAGGGAGUCAGAAAUAUAAACUUUAUUUUAAAGGGGGACAUGGGCUGCAGAUGUAUCAGCAAAACCUCAGAUACAACACGAUCAGAGAAGUGAGGAGGAGGCCGCGCUUUGUGUCGGCUCACGACGUGGAGGCAAAGCUGAGCAGUGGCAGCAGUUCAUCGUCACAAAGCAGCAGCAGCCAGUCCACCGUCGUCACAGUCCCUUCAAACUGGGACAAGAAGGCGCUUCCUGAAAUCGGAUACAAGCUCGUUCGCCUUUCGGACUCGGCCUUAGAAUACAAAAUGAUUGUGAGGCUGUUUACGCCAACGAUGCCCCAGAGAAGAAUCACCAGCAUCAAGAGGAUCCAGAACCCGUCUCUGUGGAAGAUGUUUCAGUGGCAAAAGGAGCAGAUGCAGAAAAGAAAUGGGGCCAACCCUGUGAAUGAGAAACAUCUCUUCCAUGGGACAGACAAGUCCCUCGUUGAAGCCAUAUGUGAGCAGAACUUUGACUGGAGGAUGUGUGGUGUCCAUGGCACAGCUUAUGGCAAAGGGAGCUACUUCGCCCGGGAUGCUUCAUACUCACAUAAAUUCGCCGCUGGUCCUCGAUCCAAGGUCAUGUUUGUCGCUCUGGUGCUGGUGGGCGACUACACCAAAGGACAAAGCCAAUAUGUCCGACCUCCUGCGAAGGGACGCGGCACGGCUCUUUAUGACAGCUGUGUGGACGAUGUGACCGACCCCAGCAUCUUUGUCAUUUUUGAGAAGCAUCAGAUUUAUCCAGAGUACAUCAUCAAGUACACCUAAGAGUGAAGCCUGGAUGCAACGAUUUAACACAGUAAUCCUUAGAAUACAAGAUCGAGUCCUGGUGUUUUCAGUGUGGGGGGUGUUUAAUUAACAAAUACUUGACAAUAAAGGCUAGUGUAACAUGUAAAAUGACGUAUCUUUAAAUGUGAAAGUGGAGCAGGGAAAGUCUUUAAUCAUAACGGUUUACACUUAUAUAUUACUGUGUACUUGGUGCGGGUAAUCUUAACAAAAUCUUAACAAAACAAAGCAAAUACUGUUUCAUACGUUGCAGCAGGGGCGGCACCAGAGGGGGGGCUUGAGGGGGCCAUAGAGCGGACACUAGUCUCCCCUAUUAUCCCCCAUUUAGCACAUCCAAUCUCCACAAAAAAUAUUCAAAUGGCGUUGAAAUUGAGACUAUAAAAAUAAAUCCCAUAUUCGGUUUUAUAAAAGCAAACAUGGUGGGGGGGCUUGAGGGGGCAGUAGCCUCCUCUACACUGGCCCCCUCUUUAUUGCCCCGUUUAGCACACUGCAAAUCAGAUUUUUCGCUCCACAACGCAGGGGGCGGGGCCAGACGUUUUCAGUUGGAGGAGCUACAGGCGGGGCCAAGGUCGUCAGUGUCAGAGGUCAUUUAAAAAGUGUAUUUAGAGACUUUUAGAGCCUCUUCACCGUGUUUGCUUCGCUGUUUUAAACCAGUGUAGUUGUAGUUAAAUGUAGUAAUUUGUUUAUUUUUAUAGUCUCAUUUUGAGCACUCUAUUUGAAUUUUUUGUUAAGAUUGUUUGUGCUAAACGGGGCAAUAAAGAAUCUUUGGGGAAGCUAAGGAGGCCGGUCUAGGGGACAUUUAAACCGGUUUAAAUGUAGUUUUCCCCUGCAGUGAUUUAUAAAGUCUAAUAUGGAAUUUGUUUAUUUUUAUAGCCUCAUUUUGAGCACUCUGCAAUCACAAUUUGAAUAUUUUUGUGUCGAGACUGGAUGUAUUUAUUUGUGGUCACGUCGAUGUGUUUGGAAUGCUCCGAGUCUUCAUCACUCCUCAUCAGGGCCGUGAUGAAGAGUAAAAAUACACUGCAAAUCAUCCGUCUGUAUCUACACAACCUCCGCCUCUGGUCUGAUGAGCGUCUGUUUGUUUUGAUCCAAUAACACGAUGUUUUACCCUUUCAUGCAUUUCUUUGUUUUUUUUUGUGGCAACAUGAUCCUGUUUUAAAACCUUGAAAACCAAUUUUGCAAAACUAUGUUGUGGAAAUGACGAGAAACACAAAUUGUUUAAUCAGCCCGCUCUGUAAUAAACCUUUUAAU